UGUGGGGGGGACCGGUAUAAAGCAGCAGGCGCCUGUGCCCGCUCCACCUCUCAAGCAGCGCCUGCCUGAGUCUGUUCUGCCCCCUCCCCACCCAGUUCACCACCACCAUGACACCGGGCAUCCAGUCCCCUUUCUUCCUACUGCUGCUACUCAUAGUGCUUACAGCUGCCACAGGUUCUGAUCAUGCAAGCUCUCCCCCAGGAGGAGAACAGAUGGGGACUACCCACAGGAAUUCAGCACCCAGCUCUACCAGGAACGUUGUGAGUGUGACCAGCAGUGGCAUCUCCAGCCAUAGCCCUGGUUCAGGCUCCUCCAUUCAGGGACAGAACCUGACCCCGGCCCCAGCCACCACACUAACCUCAGGUUCGGCUGCCACUGGGGGACAGGAUGUCUCCUUGACCCCAGCCUCCGGCUCCACCACUGCUCCAGCCCACCAUGGCACCUCAGCCACGGACACCGGGCCAGCCUCCGGCUCCACCACCACUCCAGCCCACCAUGACACCUCGGCCACGGACACCGGGCCAGCCCCAGGCUCCACCGCUGCUCCAGCCCACCAUGGCACCUUGGCCAUGGACACCGGGCAAGCCUCCGGCUCCACCACCGUUCCAGCCCACAGCUCCACCACCACUACAGCCCACCAUGGCACCUCGGCCACGGACACCAGGCCAGCCUCUGGCUCCACCACCGCUCCAGCCCACCAUGGCACCUUGGCCACGGACACCAGGCCAGCCUCUGGCUCCACCACCGCUCCGGCCCACCAUGGCACCUUGGCCAUGGACACAAGGCCAGCCUCUGGCUCCACCACCGCUCCGGCCCACCAUGGCACCUUGGCCACGGACACCAGGCCAGCCUCUGGCUCCACCACCACUCCAGCCCACCAUGACACCUUGGCCACGGACACCGGGCCUGCCCCAGGCUCCACCACCAUUCCAGCCCACCAUGACACCUUGGCCACAGACACCGGGCCAGCCCCAGGCUCCACCACUGCUCCAGCCCACCAUGGCACCUCAGCCACGGACACUAUGCCAGCCUCUGGCUCCACCACCACUCCAGCCCACCAUGACACCUCGGCCACGGACACCGGGCCAGCCCCAGGCUCCACCACCAUUCCAGCCCACGGCUCCACCACCACUCCAGCCCACCAUGACACCUUGGCCACAGACACCGGGCCAGCCCCAGGCUCCACCACUGCUCCAGCCCACCAUGGCACCUCAGCCACGGACACUAUGCCAGCCUCUGGCUCCACCACCACUCCAGCCCACCAUGACACCUCGGCCACGGACACCGGGCCAGCCCCAGGCUCCACCACCAUUCCAGCCCACGGCUCCACCACCACUCCAGCCCACCAUGGCACCUUGGCCACAGACACCGGGCCAGCCCCAGGCUCCACCACCAUUCCAGCCCACGGCUCCACCACCACUCCAGCCCACCAUGGCACCUCGGCCAUGGUCACAGGGCCAGCCUCCGACUCCACUACCACUCCAGCCCACCAUGGCACCUCCGCCAUGGACACUGGGCCAGCCUCCGGCUCCACCACUGCUCCAGCCCACCAUGGCACCUCGGCCACGGACACCGGGCCAGCCUCUGGCUCCACCACUGCUCCAGCCCUGGGCUCCACCGCCACUCCAGCCCACAGCUCCACCACUGCUCCAGCCCACCAUGGCACCUCGGCCACGGACACCGGGCCAGCCCACCAUGGCACCUUGGCCACAGACACCGGGCCAGCCUCUGGCUCCACCACUGCUCCAGCCCUGGGCUCCACCACCACUCCAGCCCACAGCUCCACCACUGCUCCAGCCCACCAUGGCACCUCGGCCACGGACACCGGGCCAGCCUCUGGCUCCACCACUGCUCCAGCCCUGGGCUCCACCGCCACUCCAGCCCACAGCUCCACCACUGCUCCAGCCCACCAUGGCACCUCGGCCACGGACACCGGGCCAGCCUCUGGCUCCACCACCGCUCCAGCCCACCAUGGCACCUCGGCCACAGACACCGGGCCAGCCCCAGGCUUCACCACCGCUCCAGCCCACCAUGGCACCUCGGCCACGGAUACCGCUCCUGCCCACCAUGGCACCUUGGCCACAGACACCGGGCCAGCCUCUGGCUCCACCACUGCUCCAGCCCUGGGCUCCACCACCACUCCAGCCCACCAUGGCACCUUGGCCACGGACAACGGGCCAGCCCCUGGCUCCACCACCGCUCCAGCCCACCAUGGCACCUCGGCCACGGAUACCGCUCCAGCCCACCAUGGCACCUUGGCCACAGACACCGGGCCAGCCUCUGGCUCCACCACUGCUCCAGCCCUGGGCUCCACCACCACUCCAGCCCACGGCUCCACCACUGCUCCAGCCCACCAUGGCACCUCGGCCACGGACACCGGGCCAGCCUCUGGCUCCACCACCGCUCCAGCCCACCAUGGCACCUCGGCCACGGACAACGGGCCAGCCCCUGGCUCCACCACCACUCCAGCCCACCAUGGCACCUCGGCCUCAGGCUUGACAUCAGGCUCAGCUUCCACUUUGGUGCACAAUGGCACCUCUGCCAAGUCUACCACAACCCCAGGCAGCAGGAGUACUCCAUUCUCAACUCCCAGCCACCCUUCUGAUACUCCUGCCACCCUUGCCAGCCAUAGCACUCAGCAUAGCAUAGUACCUCCUCUCACCUCCUCCAAUCACAGCACUUCUCCCCAGUUGUCUACUGGGGUCUCUUUAUUUCUCCUGUCUUUUCGCAUUUUGAACCUCCAGUUUAACUCCUCUCUGGAAGAUCCCAAUAGCAACUAUUACCAAGAGCUGCGGAGAAACAUUUCUGGAUUGUUUUUGCAGAUUUAUAAACAAGAGGAUUUUCUUGCCCUCUUCAAUAUCAAUUUCAGGCCAGGAUCUGUGGUGGUAGAAUCGACUCUGGCCUUCCAAGAAGGCACCACCAGUGCCCGAGACGUGCAGAUGCAGUUUGAUGAGCGUAAAAUGGAAGCAGCCUCUAGAUAUGACCUGAACAUCUCAGCAGCCAGCGUGCGUGAUGUGCCAUUUCCUUUCUCUGCCCCGUCCGGGGCUGGGGUGCCAGGCUGGGGCAUUGCGCUGCUGGUGCUGGUCUGUGUUCUGGUUGCACUGGCCAUCAUCUAUCUUGUUGCCUUGGCUGUCUGGCAGUGCCGCCGAAAGAACUACGGGCAGCUGGAUAUCUUUCCAGCCCGGGCUGCCUACCAUCCUAUGAGCGAGUACCCCACCUACCACACCCAUGGGCGCUAUGUGCCCCCUGGAAAUACCAGUCGUAGCCCCUAUGAGGAGGUUUCUGCAGGUAAUGGUGGCAGCAGCCUCUCUUACACAAACCCAGCGGUGGCAGCCACUUCUGCCAACCUAUAGGGGCACGUCGCCUGCUGAGCUGAGUGGUCAGCUAGUGCUAGUCCGCCCCACUCCGGCUCUUCAGGGCCAGAGCCCCCACACCCUGUUCUGGGCUGGUGAGCUGGGAGUUCAGGUGCGAUGCUCACAGCCUCCCUCAGAGGCCUCACUAAGUUCCUGGACCCUUCUCGGCCUGUGGAAGGGUCCAUGCCUGCCCCUGAGGGCUUAUGUCUGGGGAGUGGUGCAGUGGGAGCUUCCAGGAGGACUGGUCCAGAGACCCCAGAGAUGGCAGGAACCUGGACAGGACUGAAUAAAACAUGAUCUCCCACUG